CUUAAAGACAUUGUGAAUUAUAUCACGGUGUCUAUGGCGCCGCGGCAAGAAAAUGCGAUGUGGCGUUACUGAGGGCGCGAUGAAGGCAGGUUCAGCUCGUUAGCCCCCGACAAGAGCUGAACUGAGCGUUAUGAACAUUUUGCCGCAUCGUAAGCAUUUGCAGGGACACUACGUUGUGCGCGACGACAUGCAUUUUAGUCGUCUUUCCUGAGGGGCGCCGUUUCGCGGGCUCUCUGUGCGGCUGUGAGCCUUUAGCUCUGCGAUAUAUAAGUUGCAAUUCCUCGCGGGGCGAAAGGCGCGGGAUUCAGGCGCCAACUUUGUUGGGACCCUGGGUCAUGUUACCUGCCGCAACGGUCUUAGGAUCUUAGGAUUGGGUACAGAUGGUUUACUGAUGGGCGUCUUAACGAUUUCAUUGGAUAGCGUGAAAAGCAAUCGGGGCACAUCCUCGGGUUGAGGGAUUUCGAUGGAUGGAAUCCCGGACCUGUCAAAGUCACCGCCUAAGUGCAGAAACGGUACCAGCUGGUACCAGCUGUGCAGCGCGCGUGCGUGGCUUGCUUUUCAUGCAGGGUCGCUACCAGGUCCCCGGCCUGCACAUCAUAGCCCAUGUCAGUGUGGGUUUCAUGCUGUCGCUGCACAAGGGGCAGCAUGCUAAGAACACGCGCGUGAAGGGCUAUAGGUUCGCUGUGGAGGGCAAGCGGCGCCUGUACCGUCCGUCAGAGAUGCAGUUGGUGCGUGGUGAGGUGACGGACAGGGUGGCGGGUGGGGCCAAGCGGCAGGCAGAGGCCGCGCAGGAGCAGCGCCAGGUGCGGCGCGUUGCUCGCGCUCUUGCGACCACUCAGCAGCAGGCCACGCGCGCAAUUGAAGCACAAGAGCCAUCCGCCGCGCCAGCGCCCGCGAAGAAGCCUGCGGGGGCAAGCGCGGCGGCAACAGGAAUUGGGCAGGCGCGAGCAGGUGCAUGGCGAAACACACUUCUCGACAAGUAUGUUGGUGGCAAUCUACAGCUUUUAGUAAAAGUCAAAGGGUUCCCUACAGCGGAAUGGCUGCCUGCGAACCAGCUGCAUGAGGACGCCUAUCGCGCGCUGCGCAAGGCGAUGAAAGUAACCUGAUGCAUCCAUGUUUAUAUAUCUCGCAACAUAUAU